AGCAGCUCCAAGACACCUCCUCCAGCACUGAGAAGCCUGCCAAGUUCCAACUAGUGUGCUGCGGAGUAUUCAAUAUUCAGCUUCCUGGGGUUGGUGUUAAAAAAGUAAGCCGCCACCAUGAGUACCGACGCGGAGAUGGCUGUAUUUGGCCCAGCCGCCAUUUACCUAAGAAAGCCUGAGAAGGAGAGAAUUGAGGCCCAAAACAAACCUUUUGAUGCCAAAACCGCUUGCUUCGUUGUCGAUGCCAAGGACCUGUACGUCAAAGGUGUUAUCCAGAGCAAGGAAGGGGGCAAAGCCACCGUCAAAAAUGAGGCUGGGCAAACUGUAACAGUGAAGGAAGAUGAAGUGUUCCCCAUGAAUCCUCCCAAGUUCGAUAAAAUUGAGGACAUGGCGAUGAUGACCCACCUGAACGAGCCCUCUGUGCUGUAUAACCUCAAAGAGCGUUACGCAGCCUGGAUGAUUUACACCUACUCUGGGCUGUUUUGUGCGACUGUGAACCCCUACAAGUGGCUCCCAGUGUACAAUGCAGAGGUUGUGGCAGCCUACAGAGGCAAAAAGCGUAUGGAGGCUCCGCCACACAUCUUCUCUGUCUCUGAUAACGCCUAUCAGAACAUGCUCACUGAUCGUGAGAACCAGUCUGUUCUGAUUACUGGAGAAUCCGGUGCUGGAAAGACUGUGAACACGAAACGUGUCAUCCAGUACUUUGCUACAAUUGCAGCAAUUGGGGACAAGAAGAAAGAGGCUCCAGCCGCUGGCAAAAUGCAGGGAACCCUGGAAGAUCAAAUCAUUUCAGCCAACCCUCUGCUGGAGGCUUUUGGAAAUGCCAAGACAGUGAGGAAUGACAACUCCUCUCGCUUUGGUAAAUUCAUCAGAAUUCACUUUGGAACUUCAGGAAAACUGUCUUCCGCUGAUAUUGAGACUUAUUUGCUGGAGAAGUCCAGAGUAACAUUCCAGUUGUCAGAUGAAAGGAGCUACCAUAUCUUUUACCAGAUCAUGACCAACCACAAACCAGAGCUUAUUGAAAUGCUCCUUAUCACCACCAACCCCUACGACUUCCCCAUGAUCAGCCAGGGUCAGAUCACUGUGGCCAGCAUUGAUGACAAGGAGGAGCUGGUUGCCACAGAUACAGCCAUUGAUGUCCUGGGCUUCACUCCUGAGGAGAAAGCUGGCAUCUACAAGCUGACUGGUGCUGUGAUGCACUAUGGUAACAUGAAGUUCAAGCAGAAGCAACGUGAGGAGCAGGCUGAGCCUGAUGGCACUGAGGUGGCUGACAAGGUGGCUUACCUUUUGGGCUUGAACUCAGCUGACCUGCUCAAAGCCCUCUGCUAUCCCAGAGUGAAAGUCGGGAAUGAAUUUGUCACCAAGGGGCAGACUGUUCCACAGGUCAACAAUUCAGUUGGUGCUCUGGCUAAGUCUGUGUAUGAGAAGAUGUUCUUGUGGAUGGUUAUCCGCAUUAACCAGAUGUUGGACACUAAGCAGCCAAGACAGUUCUUCAUUGGUGUCCUGGAUAUUGCAGGAUUUGAGAUCUUUGACUUUAACAGCUUGGAACAGCUGUGCAUCAACUUCACCAAUGAGAAGCUGCAACAGUUCUUCAACCACCACAUGUUUGUACUGGAACAAGAAGAGUACAAGAAAGAGGGAAUUGACUGGGAGUUCAUUGACUUCGGCAUGGACUUGGCUGCCUGCAUUGAGCUCAUUGAGAAGCCAAUGGGCAUCUUCUCCAUCCUUGAAGAGGAGUGCAUGUUCCCCAAGGCCUCAGACACCUCCUUCAAGAACAAGCUCUACGACCAGCAUCUUGGCAAGACCAACUGCUUCCAGAAGCCCAAGCCUGCCAAAGGCAAGGCUGAGGCCCACUUCUCCCUGGUGCACUACGCAGGCACAGUGGACUACAACGUCAGUGGCUGGCUGGACAAGAACAAGGACCCCCUGAAUGAGUCUGUUGUGCAGCUGUACCAGAAAUCCUCCGUCAAACUGCUGGCUUUGCUCUAUGCCAGCUUUUCCUCUGCAGAAGAGUCUGGUGGAAAGAAGGGAGGCAAGAAGAAGGGUGGUUCUUUCCAGACAGUGUCUGCUCUCUUCAGGGAGAACUUGGGCAAGCUGAUGACCAACUUAAGAAGCACCCAUCCUCACUUUGUGCGUUGCCUGAUUCCAAAUGAAUCUAAGACACCAGGUCUUAUGGAGAACUUCCUGGUUAUCCAUCAGCUGAGGUGUAACGGUGUGCUGGAAGGUAUCAGAAUUUGCAGAAAGGGAUUCCCAAGCAGAAUCCUGUAUGGAGACUUCAAGCAAAGAUACAAAGUAUUGAAUGCCAGUGCAAUCCCAGAGGGGCAAUUCAUUGACAGCAAGAAAGCCUGUGAAAAGCUCUUAGGAUCAAUUGACAUCGACCAUACCCAAUAUAAAUUUGGGCAUACCAAGGUAUUCUUCAAAGCCGGUCUGCUGGGUACCCUUGAGGAGAUGAGAGAUGAAAAACUGGCUACCCUCAUCACUUGUACUCAGGCUCUCUGCCGUGGCUACCUCAUGAGAAAAGAAUUUGUGAAGAUGAUGGAAAGGAGAGAGUCCAUUUACAGCAUCCAAUACAACAUCCGCUCAUUCAUGAAUGUGAAACACUGGCCAUGGAUGAAGCUGUACUUCAAGAUCAAGCCUCUUCUGAAGAGUGCAGAGGCUGAGAAGGAGAUGGCCAACAUGAAGGAAGAGUUUGCCAAGUGCAAGGAAGACCUGGCAAAGGCAGAAGCCAAGAAAAAGGAGCUUGAGGAGAAAAUGGUUUCUCUGAUGCAGGAGAAGAAUGACCUGCAGUUACAAGUGCAGUCUGAAUCUGAAAGUCUCUCUGAUGCUGAAGAAAGGUGUGAAGGACUCAUCAAAAAUAAAAUACAACUUGAGGCCAAAGUGAAAGAGAUAUCGGAGAGACUGGAGGAUGAAGAGGAAAUGAAUGCUGAACUGACAGCCAAGAAGAGGAAACUGGAGGAUGAGUGCUCUGAGCUCAAGAAAGACAUUGAUGACUUAGAACUCACCUUGGCCAAAGUGGAGAAGGAGAAACAUGCCACAGAAAAUAAGGUUAAAAACCUGACAGAAGAGAUGGCCAGUCAGGAUGAAAGCGUUGCUAAGCUAACCAAGGAGAAGAAAGCUCUCCAAGAGGCUCAUCAACAGACCCUUGAUGAUCUGCAAGCAGAGGAAGACAAAGUCAACACUCUGUCUAAAGCCAAGACAAAGCUUGAACAGCAAGUGGAUGAUCUUGAAGGUUCCCUGGAACAAGAAAAGAAACUCCGGAUGGACCUGGAGAGAGCCAAGAGGAAGCUGGAGGGUGAUCUGAAACUCUCUCAAGAAACUGUCAUGGAUCUGGAGAAUGACAAGCAGCAAUCAGAGGAGAAGAUCAAGAAGAAGGACUUUGAAAUAAGCCAGUUCCUCAGCAAGAUUGAGGAUGAACAAGCUCUGGGUGCCCAACUGCAGAAGAAGAUUAAGGAGCUCCAGGCUCGUAUUGAAGAGCUUGAAGAGGAAAUUGAGGCUGAACGUGCUGCUCGGGCCAAGGUUGAGAAGCAGAGGUCUGAUCUCUCCAGGGAACUUGAGGAGAUCAGUGAAAGACUUGAAGAAGCUGGAGGAGCAACUUCUGCCCAGAUUGAGAUGAACAAGAAACGUGAAGCUGAGUUCCAGAAGCUCCGCCGUGACCUUGAAGAGGCCACUCUGCAGCAUGAAGCCACAGCGGCAGCUCUCCGCAAGAAGCAGGCUGACAGUGUGGCAGAAUUAGGGGAGCAGAUUGACAACCUGCAGAGAGUCAAACAGAAGCUGGAGAAGGAGAAGAGCGAGUACAAAAUGGAAAUUGAUGACCUCUCCAGCAACAUGGAGUCUGUUGCUAAGGCUAAGGCUAAUCUGGAGAAGAUGUGCCGUACUCUUGAGGACCAACUCAGUGAAUUGAAGAGCAAGACUGAUGAGAACCUGCGCCAAAUUAAUGACCUCUCUGCUCAGAAGGCACGUCUGCAGACUGAGAAUGGUGAAUUUGGUCGCCAGCUGGAAGAGAAAGAGUCUUUGAUCUCCCAGCUCACAAGAGGCAAGCAGGCUUUCACUCAGCAAAUCGAAGAGCUGAAGAGGCAGUUGGAGGAAGAAAUUAAAGCCAAGAACGCCCUGGCUCAUGGUCUCCAGUCCGCCCGCCAUGACUGCGACCUGCUCCGGGAGCAAUUUGAGGAGGAGCAGGAGGCCAAGGCUGAGCUGCAGCGCUCAAUGUCCAAGGCCAACAGUGAAGUGGCUCAGUGGAGGACAAAAUACGAGACUGAUGCCAUCCAGCGCACUGAGGAGCUUGAGGAGGCCAAGAAAAAGCUUGCCCAGCGGCUCCAAGAUGCUGAGGAACAAAUUGAGGCUGUGAACUCCAAGUGUGGCUCUCUGGAAAAGACCAAGCAGAGACUUCAGGGUGAAGUGGAGGACCUCAUGAUUGAUGUGGAGAGAGCAAAUGCUCAGGCUGCUAACCUUGACAAGAAGCAGAGAAACUUUGACAAGGUACUGGCAGAAUGGAAGCAGAAGUUUGAGGAAGGCCAGGCUGAGCUGGAAGCUGCACAGAAAGAGGCUCGCUCUCUCAGCACUGAGGUCUUCAAGAUGAAGAACUCCUAUGAAGAGGCUCUGGACCAUCUUGAGACCCUCAAACGAGAAAACAAGAACUUGCAGCAGGAGAUCUCAGACCUCACUGAACAGAUUGGUGAGAGUGGGAAGAGCAUUCAUGAGCUGGAGAAGGCAAAGAAACAGGUGGAGACAGAGAAGACUGAAAUUCAAACUGCACUGGAGGAAGCAGAGGCCUCCCUGGAACAUGAGGAGUCCAAGAUCCUUCGUGUCCAGUUGGAACUGAGCCAAAUUAAGUCUGAAGUGGACAGAAAGAUUGCUGAGAAGGACGAGGAAAUUGAUCAACUAAAGAGAAAUAACCAGAGAAUUGUGGACACCAUGCAGAGCACUCUUGAUUCAGAGGUUAGGAGCAGAAAUGAUGCCUUGAGAAUUAAGAAGAAGAUGGAGGGAGAUCUCAAUGAGAUGGAAAUUCAGCUGAGCCACGCCAACCGCCAGGCUGCUGAAGCCCAGAAACAACUGAGGAAUGUCCAAGGACAACUCAAGGAUGCCCAGCUGCACCUGGAUGAUGCCAUUAGAGGACACGAGGACAUGAAGGAACAGGUUGCCAUUGUAGAACGCAGGAGCAACCUGAUGCAGGCUGAGCUGGAGGAAAUGAGGGCUGCCCUGGAACAGACUGAGAGAGGCCGCAAAGUGGCAGAGCAGGAACUGGUUGAUGCCAGUGAGCGUGUCCAACUCCUGCACUCCCAGAACACCAGCUUGAUCAACACCAAGAAGAAGCUGGAGAGUGAUAUCGCUCAGCUGCAAAGUGAAGUUGAUGACACCAUCCAGGAAGCGAGAAAUGCUGAAGAGAAGGCCAAGAAAGCUAUCACCGAUGCUGCUAUGAUGGCAGAGGAGCUGAAGAAGGAGCAGGACACCAGCGCUCACCUGGAGAGAAUGAAGAAGAACCUGGAGGUCACAGUGAAGGACCUGCAGCACCGUCUGGAUGAGGCUGAGCAGCUAGCAAUGAAGGGUGGGAAGAAACAGCUCCAGAAGUUGGAAACCAGGGUCCGCGAUCUGGAGAAUGAGCUGGAGGCAGAACAAAGACGUGGAGUCGAAGCCAUUAAAGGUGUCCGCAAAUAUGAGAGACGAGUAAAGGAGCUCACUUACCAGGCUGAGGAGGACAAGAAGAAUGUGAACAGACUCCAGGAUCUGGUGGACAAACUUCAACUGAAAGUGAAGGCUUACAAGAGGCAGGCUGAGGAAGCUGAGGAACAGGCUAAUUCUCACCUUGCCAAGUUCAGGAAGGUGCAGCAUGAACUGGAAGAAUCUGAGGAGCGUGCUGACAUCGCUGAAUCUCAGGUCAACAAGCUGAGAGCCAAGAGCCGUGAUAUGGGCUCUAAGGGCAAAGAUUCCGAGGAGUAGAACCUUCACAGCGAUUUCUUCCUCGUCUGAAACUCAUAAAAUAUGAAUUUCAGUUUGUAACAACUCUUUUGUGUCUGUUUUUGUGAAUAAAUAUGCAGAUUAUCUAGUA